AUCGCAAAACAGCUGACUGAUCUAAUUACCUAGGUGCACGGUACCUAGUACCUGCCUUUCUAGGUACCUAGUAGUACAGUUAUAAACUCACCUAUCACAGAUAUUCUGGGAAUCUUCCACACAACCAUCACGUCGAUCGACGCAAAUGCGCAUAUACAUUUUGCGCAAACUCGGAUACCGGAUCAACCUAUGCAGGCUAUUUUGAUUGCAUUGCCAUCUCUCAUAUUUCCCUGUGCAAUCGGUAUCUUCUCGACGAGCUCGCAGCUAUUAUUACAGUCUGUCAGUCAUUAACGGUUUCGUAUCAUCACUUCGUCAAAUCCGACAAACGGUUCCUAGACCUCGCAACGGCCACAUCAUGUUGAUUUGCGCCACUUCAUAAAACGAGUAUGAUAUAUCGUGCUUCCAUACGGUGUAGCCGGCAUAUUUGAUGACCACCUAACCGAGACCCGAAUUCGACUUGCACGCCCGAACGGCUGCCACCUAUCCAACAUGUUUCCAACCUUUACCGGCAAUUCGAGGCGACCUCGAAAUGUCAAUAUGAGCGGCCAACGAAAUACAAACCCUUGGGCUACCAGUACCUCGAGCUGGUCCCAGCCAACCUCGGGUGCCUCCAGGACGGUCGCACAGGCACAAGUUGAACGUGAAAAGAGACAGAAAGAACGUGACGAGUUGAAUGCUGCCAAGAGACUUCAGAGGAUAUGGAGAGGGCACAGGGACAGACGGGGCUUCAAACAAGCAUGUCGAGAAGAGUUCGAUACUCUUUAUAGCCAGUCGAUAGGACACGAUCUUUCAGGUCGUGCGAUUAGUGCUAUGCCUCUUUUACUAGUUCUCUUCGAUCCAGUUCAAGCAGAUGAUCAACGGCGAUUGGAUCUUUUCAUUCAUGACUUAGUUAAUCUAGGACCAACACCUUCAAAUUUCAACCUUUUCAACCCUCGUUCCUGGGAUCGACUGGCCGAGCUCAUCGUGAAAGCUCUUGAGAAGCGUCCCGUUGGCUCGUCCAAAGUCCACCUGAGCAUAUUAGUUGAGAUUGUGAAAAGACGACAAGUCUCCGUUAUUCGCAUAUUAACCAAGUAUUACAAACUCCUCGCGAGGUAUUUUGAGCAAAGUAGCUAUGAGGGUAUCUCCGUAGAAGAACAAAAUGUGCUCGCUGAGGCAGCCACAGCUCCCCUGAUAUCCUCUCCAAAGCAAGAAAUCCAUACCUUGCAGGCGUAUAAGGCAUUCGCGUCCUCCUUUCUCACUUCCCCAAAUCUAUCCUUCCUGCAGAAAGACCCUGCGAGAAUUGCAAGCCAUGUGAACCUUCAUAUUCUAUCUCAAAGCGUGAUAGAUACCUACUCCAAACAACAAGAUGCUAGUAUCUUGUCGAAGAAUGGUUCGUUAUGGCUCUUGGUACAUUUCAUUGCCUUGAAUAGAACAACCCUUACUUCCCAAGGGACAAAAUACCUGGAGGCACUUUACCUCCAACUAUCCAUUCUCGUUGACGAUAUCCGAGUCCGUUAUCACCGGGAUAGUAGUCUCCUCAGAUCAAAGGAUGGUGACGAUAAUGCAUCGGACGAGAACGACGAUGAGGCUGAAGCCACAACCCGGUUAUCCACAUGGAUGACGAAUCAAUUAGAUUUCCUUGUAGAUGAGGACGGUAUUACGGAGCUCCUGGGUAGAUUAACUUCGACUGCAUUAUCUCCAGACCGCCUAUCCGAAGAUGCGAGUCUUCUUGCCGGUUACACGCUAGUAUUGCUGAGGUGUUUUCCAAGCCACAGUGACGACAUUAAAAUGCGUCUUUUCCAGGGCGAUAUCUCAGUGAUCGGUUUGGCUGGUUCUACGCUUAUGCCUUCCGUGAAGUAUUUUUGGAAAGCCGCCUCAAAUACUAGCGUAUUUAGGAAUAUCUCAGAAAACACGGCCCAGCACCUAUCCAUGUUCGAGUUUCUAGACCCAGAUCCAGUACGUGAUCAAGAAUGGCGAACCAUAUUACUAUUCCUGGAACUAUAUAACUUCCUUUUAAGACUCACCGAUGAUGAAGACUUUCUGCCUGCCGAAAGUCAAAUCAUCUCACAACAGAGUCUUGCAACUAUUCGAAUACGUUCCAGUGGUCUCAACCUAGAUGAAUUAAAACGGCUUAUCAAUUUCCUCAAGAGCCUCUCAUUUCCAAUGUACUACAAUUUAUCUGGCUUCAUGUCAUCAACUUCGAGAUCGGCACGGCUGGGCGCCAUGAUGGGCGUCGGUUCAGGAAACCAAACUUCGCGAGAAGAAGAGCCCAAAGCUGCACCCUCUUCACUUGCUGGAAUAAUCGGGAUGGACGUAUUAGGUUUGAGGAGUGUGUGCACAGCCACUAUGCGCUCUCUAUAUGAGAGAGAUUCUCGACGGCGCUUUCUACCAGGGGAUUUCUGGCUCAUGACUUCAAAAUUUGAUAUGGACGGUUUCAUGUCAGCCGUCGUCUUGGAGGAGCAACAGAAAGAUCAAAUGGAAGAAGAUGGAGAUGACGCCGAUGAUUCCGACGAAGAUGAACUUGAUACCUUCCACACCUCUGCUGGGCAGCGCCUCUCGCGUGCAGCACAGAUCGAAAGGCACAGGAGAUUGCGAAGAGUACAACGAGAACAAUUAUUAGCACAAGUUGGUCCCAAACUUGAAAUUCUUCGUAACAUGCCGUUUGCCAUUCCUUUCGAAGUCAGGGUUCAAAUAUUUCGUCAGUUUGUUCACCUUGACAAACUCAAGCGCCGUGGAGGUAAUGUCGAUCCUGACCGGUGGCGUAUAUCAGUAUUAUCUGGAGAUAUGGUUACUUCUAGAGGAAGAGACACCAUCGACCGCCACACAGCCAGGGUCAAACGUGGGAACGUAUUCUCCGACGCGUUCGACCAGUUCUAUCCACUUGGAGAGAGCCUGAAGGAGCCUAUCCAGAUUACAUUUGUUGAUCAGUUUGAUCAACCAGAAGCUGGUAUUGAUGGAGGGGGCGUCACAAAGGAGUUUCUAACCAGUGUCAUUGAUGAAGCCUUCAGUAGUAGUUCAGAUGGCAGUCACCUCUUUGCCACCAACAGCCAAAAUCUAUUGUACCCAAAUCCAACGGCAAUUGACGACGUCGCAGAAGUCCUUCACCAAUGCAACAUCGAAGAGAAUAGUACUGAUUGGAGAGACAGCUUCGCGGAUUUUGCUCGGCGUUAUGAGUUUCUUGGUCGGCUGGUAGGAAAAUGCAUGUACGAAGGCAUUCUUAUUGACAAGGCUUUCGCCGGCUUCUUUCUCCUCAAGUGGUCAGCAUCAGGGCAAGGUUCGAUGACUGAUUACCGUGCAAACUUGAACGAUCUACGAGAUUUGGACCCAGAGCUGUAUCAAGGGCUCAUCAACCUCAAGAAUUAUUCCGGCAAAGUAGUAGAUCUAUCUCUAGACUUUACGAUAACUGAUGAGGUUCAUACGGCUGAUGGGGAGGUGCGCACAAUAACCCGUCCGCUCUGCAAAAACGGCGAGGAUCUUGCCGUCACAAACACAAACCGCCCUCUCUACAUCUCGUAUGUUGUGAACCACCGGUUAGUAGCGCAGCCAUACCGACAAACCAAGGCCUUCCUUAGGGGUCUCGGAUCUAUCAUCAACCCAGCAUGGCUAUCCAUGUUCAAUCAAUCCGAACUUCAGCACCUCGUAGGCGGCGACAGCUCCGAGAUUGAUGUAGAAGAUUUGCGACGCAACACGGAGUACUCGGGCAUAUAUUCUAUUGGUCAUGAUGGAAUAGAACAUCCAACGGUGCAGAUGUUCUGGCAGGUAAUGCGAGAGUUCCAAGAUUCAGAGCGUCGGGAGGUGCUAAAAUACGUCACGUCAACGCCGAGAGCACCAUUACUAGGCUUCUCACAACUUAGUCCCCACUUCAGCAUCAGAGAUAGCGGCUCGGACGAGGAGAGAUUGCCCAGUACAAGCACAUGCGUCAACCUCCUGAAACUUCCACGCUAUAGAACGAAAAAAACGCUGAAGGGAAAGCUUCUCUAUGCCAUUCAAUCCGGAGCUGGCUUCGAUCUGAGCUAAGUGGAAGGCUGCGACAUUCCACUUCCGUCACAACUCUUCAGCAGGUAAACCCAUUUGGCUUGACUUAAUCACAUCACAAAGAGAUGUUGGUUAGGAUGUGUGCAAUUAGCUAAAAGUAGAAUGAAUUAAUAUUGAUGAUCAUGAAGUAAAUAAGUUGUCUCUCGUGAUUGAACAUUCACCAACUC